GGAAGAAGAAGAUUAAUUGUCGGCUUAGUCGUUUGGGUGCUUCUCUCUCAAGUUUUCAACUAUGAGCUCUAAUACAAUCAGUAAAAACAAGAUGAAGGAAACUUUGGUGGACUUGGUGCUUUCUUGGUCUCUCAGAGAUGUACUUAAUGGCCAACUGUUGAAAGGAAAGGUGGAGAAGAUCCCCAAGACAUUCUUGUCAAUAGAGCAUUACUUAAGGUCAUAUAGGUUCCCUCUUAUUGAGGAGACACAUGCUGAUUUAAAUUCAAGCUUUCUGGGUAUAGCUCAAGCACCUGUAUGUGAAAUAUUGUCUGUUCAGAGAAUUACAAAAGACAAGCCACCCAAUGAUUUGUGUUAUAACAUUGUACUUAAAAAUAGAAAUAUGGAUGGUAAGCAUGACAAAAGAAUGUAUGAACCUGGGAAUGGAGAUCUUAUUGUGUUGUCAGAUGUAAAACCUCAAUCCAUUGCUGAUCUUAGUGGAACCAAAAAAUCCUAUAUUCUUGCAUUAGUCACUGGUGGGGGAAAUGGAGACAAUCCUCUUAGAAUCGACGUCCGAGCGUCAAAGGAAAUUGUGAUUGAGCAAAAAAGGCAGAACAAUAGUCCGACUCUUUUUGCUGUCUAUUUGAUAAACAUGACAACAAAUAUACGAAUAUGGGAAGCAUUGAACUCUGACAUCCACAAGGGAAACAUGAAUAUCAUCAAGGAAGAGUUGUGCACUGAUUCAAUUGUAAGCCUUACAAACUCUUUUUUAUUAUUUUAUAUACUUGUUGGAGCAAAUUGUGAUCACUGCUUCACACAAGAUGACAACUUGCAUGAGAAAAAGUUGCUUGCAGAUUUACACUCAUUCAGUCUCAAUGGAUCUCAAAGUAAGGCUGUGGCAAGAUCUAUUAUGACAAGGAAUUACAAACAUAAGAGCUCAGUUAAACUUAUAUGGGGUCCCCCUGGUACUGGGAAAACAAAGACAGUUAGUGUAUUGCUUUGGGAAUUCCUAAGGUUGAAAUGCAGAACACUUACAUGUGCCCCUACUAAUAUUGCAGUAAUGGAAGUCAUUUCACGUCUCUUGAGAUUGGUUAGGCAGCAUUUUAGACAUCACAAUUUUGGCUUGGGAGAUAUACUAUUAUUUGGAAAUGGGAAGAGGAUGAAGGUUGAUGACCAUGAUGACCUUCUUGAUGUAUUUCUUGAUUAUCGCAUUGAUCGUCUUAAAAAGUGUUUUUCCCCUCAUAAUGGAUGGAAGCAUUGGCUAAAUUCCAUGAUAUUGUUGCUUGAAGACCCUGCUCAGCAGUAUCUUUUGUACUUGAAAAGCUCAGAAAGGAAAGAAGAGGAGAAGGGUCCUGCUCAAAUAGAGAAACAAGAUAUCAAAAAAUGGAAGGGCAAGGAGGAGAGUGUUUGUGUGGAAGAAAGGAAAGGUGAGGACAAACCUGCACAAAACCUAAAGGAAGGGAAAAUGGAGAAAGAUAUUGUGCAAACUAGGAUAAAUAAAGUAGAGGAAGAUGGGAAAGUAAACAUGCCUUGCAAAGAAGAACUUGGAACCUACCGUAUAAGGGUCAGUUAUAGGUUUUUGGAACCUACUGUAUAG